CAUCAACGCCAACCAUCCCGACGGAGACAGUGCCCCUUGCCACGCCACCACCCACCACCCGAACUGGCAUCACCACACCGCCCACCUGCGCCAAAAUUAGUGGUAUGACUCUCAGGAGGAGGGAGAAUAAGAGACAGUGCACUCAAAAGAAAAUGGGAAGAUGUGCUUCUACUGGGCUGAAAAGAAAAUGGAGUCUGAGAGGCGUGAGGAGAGCUGAGGCUGCCUGAGUGAGGAGCAUUGCUAGGGAAGGAAGGAAGGAAGGAAGGAAGGCACCACUACAAUGGCUGAAGAAGAGAAUGUGAAGGUGGCGGUUUGGGUCCGGCCAAUGAAUAAGCGGGAGCUGGGACGAAAGGCCAAGUGCGUAGUGAGCAUGAAGGGAAAUAUCACCACGGUCACCAACCCUGAUGACUCGGCCGAUGUCAAGUCCUUCACCUACGACUACUCUUACUGGAGCUUUGACGGCUGCAAGGAGGAGCCCAAUGGCUACUUUGCCAAGCAGUCACCCAACUCCAAGUAUGCUGAUCAGAACACGGUGUACAAUGAUCUGGGAGGUGGAGUCUUAGCAAACGCCUGGGCUGGUUAUAACUCCACACUGUUCGCUUAUGGGCAGACAGGCUCGGGAAAAUCUUGGUCUCUCAUUGGAUAUGGAUCCAAUAAAGGAAUCGUGCCAUUGUUCUGUAACGAUUUAUUUAAUGGCAUCACACAAAACACAGAGGAGAAGGAGUUUGAAGUGAGGUUCAGCAUGUUGGAGAUCUACAAUGAGGUAGUUCAUGACCUGCUCAACCCCACCAAGAGCAAGAAAGGCCUCAAGGUCCGCCAACACCCGAAGAAAGGCUUCUAUGCUGAAGGCCUCAAGCUGGCUCUGGUCACCAACUACAACGAAAUUGAGCAGAAGAUGAACGAGGGCACCGUCAACCGCACCAUCGCCUCCACCAACAUGAACGCCACCUCAUCCCGCGCCCACACCAUCGUUGGCAUCACCGUCAUACAGAAAUUCAAAAACAAUGCUGGACAAGAAACAGCAAAGCAGGCCGUUGUGAACUUGGUGGAUCUGGCUGGAUCACCCAAAAUGGAGGUCACUCUGGCGUUUUGCCUCUGCCAGUUGGGGGGAUGUGAGGAUCGAGUGACGCAGUUCAAGGACGGGGAUGUCACGGGGCUUCAUGAGGCAUUUAACAGGGACACUCGCAGGCCUCUCCCUGUUCUCUCUAACUUCCUGCAACAAAUCGUAGACACAAUCACGCAAGGCAUCUACCUUCAUCUCUAA